UUUUUUAAUAACAAUUUUAACAGUAAUAUCAAACACGCCUUAACAAGCCUAAAUGCCAAUAGUUUGCGUGAAAUCAAGUGAAGCUCACACCUUUAUGUUAAUCAACUAUACUCUUGUGAAUUUAAUCUCUCUUACUUUGAUUAUAGAUAUGCGCACUGUUCAUCUAUUCGAACACAAAGACAACCCUACCUAAAAACACAUCAAAGUCAUUAAUCUGUCAUUCGCCUAUGAAAAGUGUCAACAUGCAUUGGCUACCUUUCCCCCUAAGUAAUUCACAUACCACGAAAAUGUCUCAUAAACGCAAUAUUUUAUGUCGCUAAUCCGAUUAAUUUGCAGUUUCUGGUAGUUUCCUUUAGGACUUGAACACUUCGUCCUAUGCAUUGUCUGCUUCUACAAGAGAUCUUUUCACUAGUCUAGUCCUAAACCGUGUCCAGAUGACCAAAUCCAGAUGUCUAAAGCUUUCAUCAUCAACCGUUAAUUCACCUGCCGACACGUUGUAGUAGUCUUUUGUGCAUGCUGUCAUGAGUUUAUUAAUUAAACUAAUUCCAUUGUUUUUUCUCUGUUCACACUUUCGGUUGCAUAAGUCAAGGGUCUUUUUCUGCGUUCACAUGUUACACGUGAGCUACGGAGACGUGGCAUGUGUUGUGUCUUAGACUUAAGUUCAUGUUUUUUGCUUUGCCGGAAGUGCUAACACUAAUCCCACAAGCCCAUAGAUUUGCUCUCGUCUCUCUCCUCUUCUUUUCUUUAAUCUUUAUAAAGACUCUCAUCACCUAUAUACUUUAGAAAAGACAUAUGAUCCAAUUAACGACUAUCUUUGCUCAGAAUUUGUGCGGUAAGCAGUUGGAGUUGUGAAGAACUUGUUUUACUAACUCAGCCAGCUUAUAGUGAUUUUCUCAGUAACAUUAUUAAUUCCUUGUCUAUACUUGAAACAUAGAAAUAUUCAAGAUAAAUAUUGCAAAGUUCAAUCAGGCUAUGGGAAUUCAAAGAUCAUCCACAAAUAAACCAAAAAUGCAGCCUGGAAAUGAUCGCUCCACAAGUAUAAGAGCAUCUAAUGUUAUAAGUCAUCUCAUCGAAGGUGGACCUAUUUCCAUAGAUGAUGCAAGUUAUGACACAUGGGUGGUGGAACACCCUUCUGCAUUGGGUUCAUUUGAUCAGAUGAUGAGAGCAGCAAAGGGUAAGAAGAUUGCCGUGUUUUUAGAUUAUGACGGUACUCUUGCACCUAUUGUAGAUAAUCCUGAUCUUGCCUUCAUGUCUGAUGAGAUGCGUGCAGCAGUACGUGAAGUUGCAAAGUAUUUUCCAACAGCUAUAAUCAGUGGUAGGAGCAGGGACAAGGUUAAAGAAUUUGUACAGUUAAGUAAUGUUUUCUAUGCAGGAAGCCAUGGCAUGGACAUUUUGGCCCCACCGAGGCCGGUUAAGUCCUGUGAUGGGAAGCACCAUACCGUAGCCCUUGAUAAGAAGGGGAAUGAGGUUCUCUUUCAACCUGCUAAGAAAUUUUUGCCUGCAAUUCAAAAGAUGCGAACAGCAUUGAAAGAGAAAGUCAUGAAAAUACAAGGUGCCAGGGUAGAGGACAAUAGAUUUUGCAUCUCUGUACAUUUCCGACAGGUUAGAGAAGAGGAUUAUGAAAUUUUAGAGAAGAAGGUGAAGUCUGUACUUGAACAUUAUCCGGAGUUUCACUUAAGUUGGGGUAAAAAGGUUAUGGAAAUACGACCAUCGAUAGAGUGGGACAAAGGUAAUGCUUUAGAAUAUUUACUUGACACUCUAGGGCUAGGCAACUCCAAUGAUGUUCUACCUGUGUACAUAGGAGAUGAUCGAACGGAUGAAGAUGCUUUCAAGGUAAUGCUAAGAAGGGGCCAAGGAUACCCAAUAAUUGUAACUUCAAGCCCAAAGGAUACUAAAGCUUCAUUCUCCCUCCGUGACCCAUCAGAAGUGUUGACAUUCUUGUUACGUCUAGCAAGGUGGAGGAAGUCUUCUAGUUCAAGUAGGUUACUAGCUCAAAUCUGGGGUGUGAGCGAUUGAAACCAACUUCUGGUAGUACUGCACAUAUAAGAAAUGUAUGGAAAAAACAAAGAUAUUUAUACAUAGAGAGAACUGAGAAGGGAUGGUAUGGGAUUAAGGGUAUGCUUGCUUCCCGCUUCUAAAUAUUUAUCAAUCAAAAUUUACACACAGGGUAUGUAAAUGAUUUCCCUAAGAAAUUCAAAUGAAGAAUUUUGACGUCCAUAAGCACUAAAUUAAUUCAUCAA